AUGGCCACCCGAAUAGACAUUGCAGGAGAAAUCAUAUCAAAUCCUUUUUGGUACACUGCUGAAAAGAUUCAUGAAUCGAUAGCCAAGAUAGAUGAUGAAUAUCUACGAUCUAGCGUAGACUUCCUGGAGUUGCAGCCAGAUUUAAAUGCUCUUGCCAGAAGGGCCGAUAUUUAUAAGUGUCCUAAUAUGAUUAUCACUAGUUGGACAGGUUUGCCCUUUUAUGAUGCAGAUUUUCGUUGGGGAAGGCCAAGUAUGAUGAGACCUGCAGGAGUUCCUCGAGACGGAAUCUCCCACGUUUUGCCCAUUCAAGACGAGAGUGUGUCCAUCUGCCUGUCAUUAUCAAGUAAUGAGAUGAUGAAAUUUGGCAAGUUGCUUUAUGAGAGUUUUAACAUAGAAGCUGCAUAA